AUGGAGGCGUUCCAGGAGCGGAUGCUCAAGGAAUUCGCCGUGCUCCGCGAGAACCAGAGCAAAUUGGCGGUCGUGGAUGACAUCUACGCGAAGCUGGUGUCGCUGGAUGCGAAGCUCACGGAGCAAGCGACGCGCCUGGAUCAAGUGCAGGUCAAGGUCAAUCUGUCCUGCGACACAUUGGGGCAAGUGCAGCAGGGGCAGCUUCAUGCGGCGAGAGGAGACAAGACCACGGGGCAGGGCGAGAGCUCUUCGCCCACAACAUCUGAGGUUUCGGAUGGGAUUCUCGGCGCAGGACCGCGUUACAGCAACCACCACCACCACCAGUCCAGGUACCUGCUACUCUGGCCGUUGUUCAGUUGCCCGUGCCGAUUGCAGUCGAGGAGAAUGACUGCAGCAUUCCAUACUUGGGAACAAUUCUGCGAGGCCAUUCUGAAGGAAUUUGAUGUAGAUGUUUACCGUCAGAAGAUGAAGGAGUUGAUGCUGCUCAAGCAGACAGGUACUGUCGAAGAAUAUAAGCACCAGUUCCUGCACUUGGUGUAUACGGUCAGGUUGUAUGAGCCAACGAUCAGCGACACAUUUCUGGUCACUCGCUUUGUGAUGGGACUGAAGGACGAACUUCGUGCUGGGGUAGAAGUUCAGAUACCUACAACAAUACAAAUGGCUGCCCUGUAUGCCUCAGUUCAGGAAGGGUUACUGCUGCAACAAAAAACUCCUAAACCACCUUUCUCCAAAAACUCUUACACAAAGAGUGACAGUAAACCUCAGCUGGCCACAGGUGACUUGUGGAAAGCAAAGCAGCUCAAGGAGUACAGGCAUGCUAAUGGGUUAUGUUAUAAGUGUGGGGAGAAGUUCAUGCCAGGUCACAUGUGUAAUCAACCCACUGUUCAAACAGGUCAACUAAAGGCUGCAGAAAUGGUGGAUCCCCAUGAGAUCAUCUCAGAUGCAGUAUUAGAUGCUCUGGUGACUGAUGGCCAUGAGGAAUGUGCAGCUAUCUCAGCAACAGCUUUGUCAGGAGCACCUCGCCCCAGAACAAUUCAGUUGAGGGCAUUGGUUGGGAAUCAGGUUGUUCUCAUUCUGAUAGAUUCAGGCAGUACUCACUCAUUUGUGGAUCAGGCCUUACUGAGCAGGAUUUCUGUGACUACAGCAAAGUUACCAGUGCCAAUGCAAGUCAAAGUUGCUAAUGGAAAUCUGGUGAAGUGCACUGAAUGUGUCCCUCAACUAACCUGGUGGUUGGAGGGGCAUAGUUUCACCAGUCCUAUGCAUGUUUUUCCCUUGGGUGGUCAUGACAUUAUUCUGGGUAUAGAUUGGCUUGAGCAAUGGGGUGUUAUGCAGUGCCACUGGGCAGCAAAGUGGAUACAAUUCCAAUAUGAAGGACAGGAGGUCAGACUGCAGGGAGUGUUGCCAGUACAACAAGACCACAUUGAGGAAAUAUCAGCUGAGCAAUUACUUAAAUGGGAAAAGGGUAAUGAUGUGUGGGCAACAGCACUUCUGAACCGCAUUGUUAUGGAACCUGCUGUAGAAAUUCCUCCUGCAGUACAACAAAUCUUGGAUAGAAACAAAGAAGUAUUUCAAGAACCAAAGACACUUCCUCCUCACAGAGCUUUGGAUCAUGCCAUCCACUUGAAACCUGAUGCUGUACCAGCAAACUGUAGACCAUACAGGUAUUCUCCUUUGCAAAAAGAUGAAAUAGAGAGGCAGGUAUCUGAAAUGUUACAAGCAGGGCUGAUUACUCCCAGCAUAAGUCCUUUUGCUUCUCCUAUUUUGUUGGUGAAGAAGAAAGAUGGAACUUGGAGAUUCUGUGUGGAUUAUAGAAGGCUGAAUGACCUGACAAUCAAAAGUAAAUUUCCUUUGCCUGUGAUUGAUGAGUUAUUGGAUGAAUUAGGGGGCUCCAAGUGGUUUUCCAAGUUGGACCUUCGAGCUGGGUAUCAUCAGAUCGGGAUGAAAGAGGAAGAUGAGCACAAGACUGCAUUUAAAACUCACCAUGGCCAGUUUCAGUUCAGAGUUGUUCCAUUUGGGCUAGCCACUGCUCCAGGCACAUUCCAAUGUGUUAUGAACUUUGUGUUUGCAGGACCAAACAGGAAGUUUGUAUUAGUGUUUAUGGAUGAUAUUCUAGUGUUCAGUCAGACUUUUGAGGAACAUUUAGAACACUUACAGAUUGUGUUUGAUCUUCUGAAAGAGCACCAGUUCUAUGUGAAGGAAAGCAAGUGUGCUUUUGCACAAUAG